AUGAAAAGUUUGUUUCAAAGAUCAUUGUUUUAUCAUAUUAAACAAGCUCAACAAAUAAAUAGUAGACGGUUAAUAUGGACUGGUCGAGAAUUAUUACGUGAUACUGAUCCGGAAAUGUAUGAAUUAAUACAAAAAGAAAAAAACAGACAAAAAAGUGGUUUGGAAAUGAUUGCAUCAGAAAAUUUUACAUCGCGUAGUGUUCUUCAAGCACUUGGAUCCUGUUUAACAAAUAAAUAUUCUGAAGGUUAUCCAGGUGUUCGAUAUUAUGGAGGAAAUGAAUAUAUUGAUGAAAUUGAAACUUUAACACAAAAACGAGCACUCGAAGCAUUUGAUUUGAAUUCAAAUGAAUGGGGUGUUAAUGUACAAGCAUUAUCAGGUGUACCAGCUAAUUUUGCUGUUUAUACUGCACUUCUGGAACCGCAUGGACGUUUUAUGGGUUUAGAUUUACCUGAUGGUGGUCAUUUAAGUCAUGGUUAUGCAACAUUAACAAAAAAAAUCUCAUCUACAAGCGCUUUUUUUGAAGCAAUGCCAUAUAAAGUUGAUCCAAAAACUGGUCUCAUAGAUUAUGAAUCUCUUUCUAAAACCUCAAAAUUAUUUCGCCCAAAAAUAAUUGUUGCUGGUACAUCAUGUUAUUCACGUAAUCUCGAAUAUGAUAAAUUUCGUUCAAUAUGUGAUGAUAUUGGUGCUAUACUUGUUGCUGAUAUGGCACAUGUUAGUGGUCUUGUUGCCGCUAAUGUUGUUGCUAAUCCAUUUCAAUAUUCUGAUAUAGUUACAACAACAACACAUAAAAGUUUACGUGGACCACGUGCUGCAUUAAUCUUUUUCCGACGUGGAAUAAAAAAGAAACAAACAACAAAAAAAGGAAUAAAAGAAGAACAAGUUGAAACAUAUGAUUAUGAAAGAAAAAUAAAUGAAGCUGUUUUUCCUGGUUUACAAGGUGGACCACAUAAUAAUACAAUAGCAGCUAUUGGUGUUGCUUUAAAAGAAGUUGCUUCAAAUGACUUUAAAUUAUAUGCAAAACAAGUUAUUAGUAAUGCUAAACAACUUGUUAAAACACUUCAAGAAAAAGGAUAUACAUUUGUUGCAGGUGGUACUGAUACACACUUAGCUUUACUUGAUUUACGUCCUCUUGGACUUGAUGGUGCAAAAGGAGAGAAAGUACUUGAAUCUGUUUCAAUUGCUGUUAAUAAAAAUACAUGUCCAGGAGAUAAAUCUGCUCUUAAGCCUUCUGGCAUUCGAUUAGGUACACCUGCAUUAACAACUCGUGGUUUUCGUGAAAAUGAUAUAAUUGAAGUUGCUAAUUAUAUUGAUCAAGCAAUAAAAUUAGCUGUUGAAAUAAAUAAAUCCAAGGAUGAUAAAAAAUCUUCUCAAGUAACAUUAAAAGAUUUUAAAGAAAAUAUGAAACGAAAUGAACAUUUAACAAAUAUACAAAAUUUAAAACAUUCCAUUGAAUUAUUUGCUGAAAAAUAUCCAAUGCCUGGUUAUGAUGAAAUUUAA